UACCUGUUUACACCUUGGGUCGGCGAAUUGUCUUAUAGCCAAGCCGCGGAACGGUUCCCCACCGUUCCAAACGUGCAAAAAAAAGGUGUUUGUGGUGGCUGUUUAGGAAAUGUAUACAGGCGUUUAUAGCUUGUUUUGUUGUUGUCUUGCUGCGGUAUGUUUAAAAAUGAAUGAAUGAAAAUGGUGGUGCUGACAGCAAAAGAGUAUUUAAGUGCCUACUAAUUUCAGAAGGUCAUUUCAGAAACUUACAACGACAGUUUUUUAAAUUGUCCUUUAUUUAGUUUAAGCAGCCGUCAGUAUGAUAUCAGCAAUCAGUGGUAAGAAUUUACUGCAGCCUACUGGGCUACAAUGCAAGAAUUUGCACGAAUACCUUAAGUCGAGGUCACCAGAGGUGCUCAGCAAAUUGUACAAUAAUCCUCCGAUUUGUCUUGCAGUCUACAGAGAACUGCCAGAGAUUGCCCGACAUUAUGUUAUGAGGCUCCUGUUUGUAGAACAACCAGUUCCACAGGCUGUCAUUGCAUCUUGGUGCUCAAAACUACAUGUAGAGAAUCAUUUAAACGUGGUGCAAGUUAUGAAUGAGUUAAAUAUUUGGAAGGAAGCUGCUAUACCUGGUGGCUUGCCAGGAUGGAUACUCAAUGCCACGUUUAGGAAAAAUUUAAAAAUAGUGCUUCUGGGUGGUGGUGCGCCUUGGACUAUGUCUAAACAACUUGAGAUUGACAGCAAACCUAGGGAUAUAGCUUUUUUGGAUUCUUAUGCUUUGGAAAGGUGGGAGUGCGUUUUGCAUUAUAUGGUUGGAUCGCAACAACAAGAAGGCAUAUCAGCCGAUGCUGUCAGAAUUUUAUUACAUGCUGGCCUUAUGAAAAGGGAUGAAGAAGAUGGUAGUCCUGUUAUAACACAAGCGGGUUUUCAAUUUUUAUUAUUAGAUACUUCUGCUCAGGUUUGGUACUUUAUCCUUCAAUAUUUGGAUACAGUGGAGGCAAGAGGUUUGGAUUUAGUUGAAUGCCUGACUUUUCUUUUUCAAUUGAAUUUUUCCACACUUGGAAAAGAUUACAGUACACAAGGUAUGUCAGAUGGCCUUUUGAUGUUUCUACAACAUCUGAGAGAAUUUGGCCUUGUAUAUCAACGAAAAAGAAAAGCAGGAAGAUUUUAUCCAACACGACUAGCUUUGAAUAUUGCAACAGGACAAGACAAACCUAUCUCAAGAGAUUUGGAAAAAGAACGCUUUGUCAUAGUUGAAACAAAUUAUAGGGUAUAUGCAUACACAAACUCAAAUCUGCAAGUUGCACUCAUUGGUUUAUUUUGUGAAUUACUCUACAGAUUUCCAAAUUUAGUGGUUGCAAUAUUGACAAGAGAUUCUGUACGAGCAGCCUUAAAAAGUGGUAUCACUGCUGUACAAAUAGUAGGAUAUCUGAAUCAGCAUGCUCAUAAUAAAAUGAUUGAUCCUGGACCACCAACUCUUCCACCAACUAUUGUAGAUCAGAUUAAACUAUGGGAAAAUGAAAGAAAUCGCUUUAUAUUCAGCGAAGGAGUUCUUUAUAGUCAAUUUCAUUCUCAAAUUGAUUUUGAAGUUCUUAGAGAUCAUGCUGUAUCUUUGGGUGUAAUGAUUUGGCAAAGUGACAGGAAACGAACUAUGGUUGUUACAAAAACAGGUCAUGAUGAUGUCAAAAAAUUCUGGAAGCGAUAUUCAAAAGGAGCCAAUUAACUGUUUUUUAGUUUAAUCAAGGUUGUUAAUACUUGAGGAAAAAUGUUUGUUUGGAAGUAAUGUUAUUUAUCAAUAUUUAUACAAGGAUCAAACCAAUAUUGUCUGAUAUAAUUUGUACAAAAGUAUUCAAGAUAAAACUUGCAAUACAGGAUGAUUUAUUGUAAAAUAAAUAGCAUAAAUUUUAUAAAAAUGCUCUGUAAAAGACCUUUUAUUAUCGCCGUGUCUAUUCGCAUCACAAAUUCACGUAAAUCCACGUAGAUCCAGGGUAUGAUUGAUUAAUUAGUGACUUGAAAUUUACUUUUCUUUUGCAAAGAGUAAAUCUGUGUACUGUUGCUUUAGCAUACUGAUCUUUUCACUCAGAUGUGCUGAAGCAAUCAUACCCACCCAGGCACACUCUUCGCAAACGUACACGGGUUGAAUAUUUUCUUAACUUCUUAUAUCCGCAGGGAAAACCCGUGUACCGUAUAUGUACACGGGUGGGUGUACGUAGACAGUGCCUAAAAAAUUACGUACGCUAACGCGGAAAAUUUACGUUUCUGGAAAAUACGUGUCUAUACUUCGUCAACGUAAAUACACGUUUUAAAGUCGUCGAUGAAAUCAAGUUUUAAACGCGUAUUUACGUGGAUCUACGUGAA